AUGUCAUCCUUUUUUUCGUCAUUAUCACAGAUCUCACAUGCAUUUAUUUUAGCUGUAGAUGGAUCAAUGCUUAUAGAUUCACAGACAGGCAUGAAAUUUAUAAGAAAAGCACCAACUCAAUUUCAAAAUAAUAAUUCGAAUCCAAUACAAUCAUCAAUACCACGAAAUCGUUCUAUAUCACCCGUCACACCACCACAUAUUGGACAUCAAUCUUAUUCUCAAAAUAAAUCGGAAAUUGAAGAGAAUGGAUUACAUUUUAUCCCACAUGAUUAUAAUGUACAAAAUACAGAUUUAUUAACACAGUAUAGUGAGCAAUUAACUGAGUUGUCAUCUAAUAAUUCAGUAAAAUUUAUUGAAUUACCACUACCCCUCAAUACAUCAACAUCAACAUAUUAUAAAUAUAUACCAAAAAAUUUCACUAAAUCACAACAAUUGAAGCAAUUACUUAUUUGGUUAGCAGAAAAGGAAGAUAUUAAUCAAACAACAUUAAUAAAUAAUGAUCCUGAUCUGCAAAACGCACUUAUGAUUGCACGUGAAUUAAAAAGAGAAUUUUUAAAACGACUUCGAAAUGAAGAUAUAUUUGUGUCAUCAUACACUAGACCGGUAAACACUCAAUUUAAGCAAGAACAACGUAAUCCAAUUAAUGUAGCAAAUCAAGAAAAAUUAAAAAAUCUAGAAGAUUGUAUUCAAGUUUUUCAAAAAGAAUCUGAAGACUGGAAAAUCUGCUCUGGAAAAGUAUACCAACUUCAUGCAAUUGCAAAAGAUGAUAAUUUAACACAAAAUGAUAUACAUCUUGAAUAUGACCAAAUUGAUUCAGAGGAUGACGAUUUUAAUGAAUUACUCGAUAAGAAACAUCCUUCAACUGAGACAAAUAUUGAAUUAAGUACAACACAAAUGAGACAAGUGUUAAAUACUACAAAUCAGUUUGUUCUUCAAACAAGACAACGUUCGAAUUAUAUUUUGUCCGCAUUAGCACAUCAGGUAAAAGAAAGUUCAAGAAUUGUCCCAAUUAAGCAAGAUGAGAAAGCAUUUGGAGAUGCAGAGACAAUGAAAAAGGAAAGUGAAAAGAAAAAUGUUCUUGAUAUUUUACGUUUAUUAUCAAGACAAAGGAUACCAAAAUCAGUAUUAACAGAAGAUGAAAAAUGA